UUAUGCGGAAGUGGACCAUUAUAACGCUCUGUGAGUGGGCAGAGGAGUAGUACGCUGCUUUUAUUUGCUGUAACUCACUUGCCUCCAUAAUUUCCACCGCAUUACGGGCCGGCAAACUCGACUAUACAACUCUUCGGCAAGAUGCUGAAUGCUGCCGCCGCAGAGAGGAACAAGGGGCCAAUUUUAGCGGUGCUGCGUGACUGCGUGAGCACGGACAGACCGCUGCAGGCUUUGGAAAUCUCCUCUGGUACCGGCCAGCAUGUCACACACUUCGCCCAGACCUUGCGGAAUAUAUGUUGGCAGCCGUCAGAAUAUGACCGCAAGUCUUUGGCCAGUAUAGAAGCGUACAGAGCUCACUACCGCCUGGCUAAUGUCAGGCCUGCCAUCUACCUGGAUGCCUCCAUGCCCUGUGAUCACUGGGGAGGGAUCCAGCCAGAGAGCCUCGACCUGGUACUCAACAUCAACAUGAUUCACAUCUCUCCAAUGGCUUGCACAGAGGGUUUAUUCAAAGGGGCUGGGGUUAUCCUGAAGCCGCAAGGAGUUCUGCUGACAUACGGGCCCUAUGCCAUGAAUGGUCAGAUCACACCACAAAGCAACAUUGACUUUGACUACAGCCUAAGGCAGAGGAAUCCAGAGUGGGGCCUCAGGGAUAUCUCCCAUCUCAGCUCUAUAGCACAAAAGAGUGGUUUGUUCUUGGAGAAAAUAGUGGACAUGCCAGCUAACAACAAGUGCCUUCUGUUCAGGAAGGAGAGUUUGGUGUGAGGUAUCCUGUUAUUCCUCUUCUGGAUGCUGACAGAGGAACCUGUUCCAGCAGUGCUCACAUGUUAUCUCAUUACCAGGAUCAGGAUUGUCAAAGCACCACAUCUGAUACCUUGAGCUCACAAGAAUUGCCAAAUUUCUCAUAAUUGUAAAUGUGUUAUAUAUCCCUGUGUUCUAAUACAUACUGCCAUUACUAGAGUUUGAUCUCACAUGCUAUAAUUUACAGUGUAAUUGCUCUAGGUAAUGUGCACCUCAGUAAAAUGAACAUGACUCUCAGCUUCAUAUUGCUUUUGUGUUAUAUUUGUCCCAGUACAGCCACCUACUUUUUAUGUUUCCAAUUUGUGCAGAAUAUCAAUAAAACUAAUUUAAGAGAA